AUGGCCUCGUCAAGCGACACCCGGGUUGCACACCCGUUGUUCCACCCCAUCGUCUUUGUCUACCAAUUGCUUCAAUGGCUCAUUGACCUCGUCCUCUCGCCGACGCCGCCUCCUCCGGGCGCCAACCUGAACCGGCCCAAGAUCGCCAUCAUCGGGGCCGGCAUCACGGGGGUCACGUCUGCGGCACACUGCGUGGGCCACGGCUUCGACGUGACCAUCUUUGAGGGUAGCGACGAGAAAACCAGUGUUGGUGGCAUCUGGAGUAAGGUCAACAGCACCUCAAGCCUCCAGAUCCAUUCCAUCAUGUACCGCUUCCACCCUUCUGUCAAAUGGGACAAUGGGUACCCGGACAGGCAGCAGAUCCUGAGCCAGGUGCGGCAGCUCUGGGAGAAGUACGGCCUCCAGGACAAGACGAAGUUCGGCGUCAAGGUCGAAAAGGUGUACAAGGACGACAAGGGCCGCUGGGUCGUCAACACUCCCUCCAACGGGUACUUUGCAGGCGUGAUCGCUGCCGUGGGCACUUGUGGCGACCCCAAGAUGCCGCACAUGGACGGCAUGGACCGCUUCCAGGGACCGGUGUAUCACUCGAGCAAGCUGGAUGGCGUCGAAGCUGAAGGGAAAAAUAUUGUCGUCAUUGGAGGCGGCGCCAGUGCCGUCGAGGCUCUCGAGUUCGCCGCGGAGGAGAAGGCCAAGAAGGUCUACAUCCUCUCGCGCAGCGACAAGUGGAUCAUCCCACGGAACCUCAUUGUCGACAUCCUGCUCUCGCUCAACAUUUGGGGCCAGGAGACCAUGUUCUCCUUCAUCCCCGAGGGCCUGCUCAAGAAGUUCUUCUACCGCGACCUGGCCGACAUCGCACCCAACGACAAGGGCAUCUUCGAGGACACCCCAAUGGUCAACUCGGACGUCAUGCACAAGCUGCGCUCCGGCGAAGCCGAAUGGGUGCGCUGCGACAUCGAGGGCUUUUCCGACAAGGGCGUUAUCGUGAACCAGCGGUCCAAGGGGGUUCCCAAGGGCGGACCGGGCAAGCACCGCACCAUCGAGGCCGACAUGGUCGUCAUGGCGACGGGUUACAAGCGGCCCUCGCUCGACUUCCUGCCCGACGACUGCUUCCAGGACCCCUACGGCCCGCCAAACUGGUAUUUGCAGACCUUCCCGCCGGGCCACCCUUCCGUUUCGGCCAUCAACUGCACCUACCUAUCGGCCAUUGGCACCGUGGGCAACUGGCACAUUGGCAUCUACACGCGGAUCCUGCUCAUGUUCCUGUCCGACCCUCUGACGCGGCCGAGCCCCUUCUGGAUGCGCCGCUGGAUCGACAUGACCAAGGUCCUCAAGGCCACCGCGCCGACCGCCGCGUUCGACUUCUUCACCUACCUCGAGCUCGUGUGGUGGUUCGUCUUCUGCAUCACAUUCAACCCGUUCCGCUGGAAGUGGGCAUUCUUUGUCUUCUUUGGGCUCGGGUUCGCACUGCCGAACAAGGUCGUCCAGGUUGAGCAGCGGGUCAGGAACGGGCUCGGGUUGGUCAACCGGGAUGAGCUGAGUGGCGGAAACGGCAGGGAUACUGGCCACAGCUUCUAG